GUUCCCGGGAUGGUUCAAUGGGUCUCUGGGAAGUCACAGAGGAUGUGUUGUCCAAAAGCAAUGCUCGACAUAAUAUCUCUCAAGUUCCUGUCUAUGCCCACAUAACACACAGGGCUUUGAAGGAUAUCCCCAAGGAGAACACCAAUCCUGACAACUGCAAGGUCCGAGCGUUGGCUUUCAACAGUAAGAACAAGGAACUGGGAGCCGUGUCCCUAGAUGGGUAUUUUCAUCUUUGGAAAACAGAGCACACACUAUCAAAGUUACUUUCCACAAAGUUGCCUUACUGCAGGGAGAAUGUGUGUUUGGCUUAUGGUCAGGAGUGGUCUGUGUAUGCAGUAGGAUCACAGGCACAUGUCUCCUUUCUGGAUCCCAGACAGCCUUCUCACAAUGUUAAAUCCGUCUGUUCCAAAGAACGAGGCAGUGGUAUUCGAUCAGUGAGCUUCUACGAGCACAUCAUCACAGUAGGAACAGGGCAAGGCUCCUUAUUGUUUUAUGAUAUCAGAGCCCAGAGGUUCCUGGAGGAAAAGCCCCCACGUGCCUGCUAUGGACAGAAGCAGAAAUUAGGAGGAAGUGAAACUUUAAAGUUGACUACUGGGAAAGGCUGGCUGAAUCAUGAUGAAACCUGGAGGAAUUAUUUUUCUGACAUAAAUUUUUUUCCAAAUGCUGUUUACACCCACUGCUAUGACUCAUCUGGAACAAAACUCUUCGUGGCAGGAGGCCCCCUUCCAUCAGGACUACAUGGAAAUUACGCUGGUCUCUGGAGCUAA